AUGCUUUCAUGCAUCUUAAAACCGCCUCUCUUUAUACUGCUACAUUUUGUAUUUCUUCCACCUAACGAAGGAUAUAGAAAUUAUAAAGAAGGCGACAUUAUAGUUGGUGGUCUACUCGACAUCCACUAUCCCGGCACUAGUGAUCAAUGUACUGAGCUCUCUACCGCAGAUCUGGGAUACGCAGAGGCUACGAUCUUCACUAUUGAGAAAAUUAACAAGAAUGCCAGUAUUUUACCGAACGUGACCAUCGGAUACGACUUAAGAGACUACUGUGGGAGCAAUGCUCGGGCCAUGAAGAUGGCCUAUGACCUCAUGUUCAUGUGUAAUGGCGAUCCAGUACAUAUGUCUAACCAAAACAUCAGCACCUCCCCCACCGGCUAUGUCAAGGAAACCAACACCAAGACCAUCUCAGCGUUAGUUGGCCCUGCCGAUUCCGCAAGCGCAGUGUUAGUAGGAAGUCUGCUUCAGGUUUUUGACAUUCCGGCCAUCAGUCCGAGUGCAACAAGCGAUGAGUUGAGUUCACAAAUGUACAAAGACUUUUUCAGAACAGUUCCGCCAGACAAAUGGCAAGCAGAGGUCAUAGCAGACAUCAUAGAACUCUUUAACUGGACUUACGUGGCGGCUGUCGGGUUGGAUGAUUCUUAUGGACAGAACGGUAUUUCGGCGCUGGAAAAAGAAUCCUACAACCGGAAAACAUUUUGCAUUGCUUUUUCUGAGUAUAUUCCACGUCUAGGCCAUUGGAAUAAAACAAAGCAAACUGUUCUCAAGAUUAAAAGGAGGUCUGAAGUCGCAGUGAUCAUUGUUUGGCUUUCUGGCGGUCAAGGAAGAGCAUUUUUUGCAGAGGCUACUGCUCAAAAUCUUGAAGAAAAGACUUGGAUACUUAGCGACGCACUGACAGUAAAUCUUAACUCUCACUUCACAAUACUAAACGGCUCCUUGGGAAUAAAGCCACAUGACUAUUCUGUUCCCGAAUUCGAAGAGCACCUUAAGACGAUCACCCCUGCCAAAAGCAUUGAAAGAGGCGCAGAUUGGUGGGAAGAAUUCUGGAGAUUACAAUUUAACUGUUCAGCCACAAACUCCGACCAUUCUAGGGUUGCACUUUGCGAAGCAAAUCUGACUUUACACCAUGCGCUUCAAAAGAUACGCGGUUCCUUCGUUUCUUACAUAAUUGACGCUGUAUAUGCUAUUGCAUAUGCCCUAGACAACAUUUACCGCUGUUCUCAUACUAUACAUGAUGCUGGUAAAAGAGGUAAUUGUCCUCUAGUAAAGCCAACUGUAAACGGACAUGAUCUAAAGAAAUAUCUCAGAAAUAUUAGUUUUCAGGGCGGAACUGGCAAGGUGCGAUUUGACAAGUUUGGUGAUCCUUUAACAGCUUCCUACGACAUCAUAAACUUCCGGCUUGACUCAACCACAGACGGAGCCCGCAAAAAUAUCCUGGUUGGAGCAUGGAACAAAAAAAACACGCCCAAACUCAAAGUAGAUUUGUCCAGGCUACGAUGGAGAACUCUCUUCACCCCGUUAUCCUCUUGUUCAUCAGAAUGUUUACCUGGUACCAGAAGGGAGAAAACCGAGCCAUGUUGCUGGGAUUGUAUUAAGUGUCCACUGGGAACUGUCAGUACCAAAGUCGGAUCUAUUAACUGCAGUAAGUGUGACCCAGAGACAAAGUCAAACGAAGGGCGAAGUAGGUGUGAAAAGUUACCAGUCAUCAACAUCACGCAUUCAAAUGUCUCUGGAAUUACCAUAACAGUGGUGGCUUCCAUCGGUUUUAUUCUCAUAUUGUUAGUUGGAGGCACCUACAUCAAGUUUUUCAACACCCCAGUCGUGAAGGUUUCUAACAGAGAGAUCUCUUUUCUGUUGCUAUUUGGUAUCUCAGCCCUCUUUAUAUUGGCCUUUCUCGAACUUUCUGAACCAAGCCAUUCACUUUGCACCGCAACAUUUUCCUGGCGCUAUUUUGGUCUCAACCUUUGUAUCACGGUGCUCUUUUUGAAAACUAUGCGAAUAGCAAGCGUUUUUGAGGUCGAUAAAUUGGCGAAGUUGUUUGCACCGUGUUACAAAACCCUAACAAGGCAAGGCAUCUUUCUCUCUGUUAUGAAUUUAGCUGUCCUUUGUUUAUUAGCCCUGUGGAUCUUUCUUGACCCCCCGAAGCGUAACAAAAUCAUCCGCUUAGAUGAGUACGUCUUUCUUGUGUGCAAACCAUUUGACGCCAACGUCGGCCUUGCACUGUUCAUCGCAGUCUGUGCUUACACGCUCAUUGGGGCUUUCCUGUGUACGUAUUACGCUUUCAAAGCAAGGGGAAUUCCCGAGAACUUUAACGAGACAAGAUACAUAGGAUUCUCUAUGUAUAUUCUACUGUUGUCAUCGCUGGCAUAUUACCCUGUGCUAUUUGCUUUUGAGAGCUGGUACGUGACAAUUGUGUCUUGUACUACGACUUUAGUAACUUCGUUUGGUUUGUUGGGAUGCAUGUUCGGACCCAGAAUCUACAUUCUCUUUUUCCAUUCCCAGCAAAACACCAUCGAAAGAGUCAGGUCGCAGGUGACGAAUUUCUCCUUUCGUAAUGUAACGGUAACCAGAGUUUUGCCUGGACAAAUUAAUGAAGGAGUACCUAACGCUGCACUGAAUACCGAAAAUUAAAAACGCUGGAUUGCAGUUCCCCACCAGCCAUUCUUUUGACCAGUAACAUGGAAAAAUACUUUAAACUUCUCAAUCUGUACCUCCCUUAAUCAUGAAAUACACUAGACUUCUUUACCUUGUAUGUUUUGUCUUCCUGUACUCGAAAAUGACAGCGUACAGAAAGUCACAUAGCUGUGAGACGACCUUUCGUGGACUGAUAGAGGACUGGAAACUGGCUGUCGACUCAAAACAACCCGUUUAUGUUCUAUCUACUGAUAUGAGUAUUAGGCCUUCGACUGUUUGAGUCACUCUCUGACAGUAAAGAAGUUGGAGGCUUAUGGCUUUGGAAGUGGAUCUCCCGACUUGAUGCGACUGUUUUUGGAAAACAGACGAAACAGGGUAAGACUGGGUAAAAUUACAAGCAUUUGGAAACCUAUGAAACGUAGAUGUCUGCGAGGAUCAUCUUUGGGCCCUUAAUAUGGAACAUGUUCCAGAAUGAUUUACCGUUGCAUGUCGAGAAUGGAAACAUAACCAUGUACGCGGAUGACCAUCAAUUGCAUGUGAAGGGAAGAAAUCACGAAAUAGUUAGACAGCAACUGAAAACAAGCAGCAAGCAAGCUCUGAUAUGGUAUUCAACUAACCUUUUAUCAGCUAACCCAGAGAAGUAUCAGUUCCUAAAUAUCAACCCAAGAAAAAUUGAUGGAGAUACGAGUGAUGCAGUGCUAAGCCUGGAUGGCCUACCCAUUGACAAAUCAGAGGACAUUAAACUACUAGGAGUCCACAUCGACGACGACCUUGAUUAAAAGAAGCAUAUAAGUGAGCUGUAAAAUAAGACUAGCCAAAAAGUCGGGAUACUAUCGCGUUUAAGACAUUUAAUACCAUCAAAGGCUAAGCUGUUGCUGUAUGAAGCUUUUAGUUUGCCUCACCUUACAUAUUGCCACCCAAUAUGGCAUUUUUGUAAGUCGUCAGACAAAAGGAAGGUGGAACGAAUACCAAGAACGGGCAUUGAGUCGAGCCAUGUAUAGAUCCCACUCGCAUACGUAUGAAGAACUCAUAGAGAGGGCUAACCUUCCCAAGUUGUAUAACAGACUUCAAGACAUCGUAGUACUGAUGUAUAAAGUCAAGUAUGGCUCGAUCAGAUAUAUAGGUCCCUUCUUAUGGUCUUAACUAAACAAAGACUACGAGAAGCUUCUAGCUAGCUUAGCCAGUUUUUGGAACAAAAUUAGAAAACUGAAUUUUUCGGGGUAUAUUUCCAAUUGGCGUUUAUUUGUUACAUGCAGUUCCUGGAUGACAAAAGGAAGCGUUCGUUGCACACCAAAAAUGAAACGUUCGGUUAAUUAUGUCAAGAAAAGGGGAAUAAGUCCUUAUCAGUCCAAUGUGGCAUUCCUUACGAAAGACAUGAUGAAGCAGGCUUUGAGUCCGUAUGAAUAAUGAGUAAACUAAAGUAACGUAUUUUACUGUGGUUUAACUUCAUUUUAGAUUAUUUCCGGCAGGAAACAAGUGCAUUUUGAAAACAGGAACACCAACAUGAUUUAUAUUUUAUAUCUGGCGUCAAUAUUGAUCUCAUAAUUCUGCAGGAUGGUGUAGAUUGGGGCAAGAUGGUGUAGAAUGGUACAGAAUGGUGCAGGAUAGUGUAGAUUGCUGCAGGAUGAUACAGUAUGAAGUAGGGUGUUGCCGAUUGGAUCAGGAUAGUUCAGGAUGGUGCAAGUUAGUGAAGGUUGAUGCAGGUUGGUGAAAGUUGGUGCACGAUGGUGCAGUCUGGUGCAGUAGGGUGCAGGAUACUGCAAGUUAGUGUUGGUUGGUGGAGGUUGGUGAAGGUUUGUGCCAGUUGGUGCAGAUUAAAGCAGGAUGGUGCAGGUCGCUGCAUUUUUCUGCAGGUCAGUUCAGGAUGGCGCAGAUUGUUGCAGGAUGGUGCAUGAUGUUGCAGGUUGGUUCAGGAUAGUGUAGGAUGGUGCAGGGUGGUGAAGUUGAUAAAAGUUGGUGCAGCAUGGUGCAGGAUGGAGCCGUUUGGUGCGGGAUGGUGCAGACUGGCACAGAAUGGUGCAAGCUUGUACAGAAUGAUACAAGUUGGUGCAGGAUGAUGCAGAUUGGUGCAGAAUGGAGCAGGACUGUAAGGGAUGGUAAAAGUUAGUACAGGAUGGUGCAGAUUGGUGCAUGUUGGUUCAGGAUGUUGAACGAAGGUGCAAGUUAGUACAUGUUGGUCAAGGUUGGGGCAGGAUAGUGCACGUUGGUGCAGACUACCGCAAGAUGAUGCAGGUUUGUGCAGGUAUGAGCAGGAUGGAGCAUAUUGGAGCAGGAUGGUACAGGAUUGUGUACGAUUGUGCAGACUAGUGCAAAAUUGUGCAAGCUAGUACAGGUUGUUGAAGGUUGGUGCAGGAUGCUGCAGACAGGUGUAGGAUGCUGCAGUUUGGAGCCAAUUACUUCAGUAUGCUGCACGUAGUUUCAGGUUAGUGCAGGAUGGUGCAGAUAAAUAUGAGAUGUUGUUGUUGUUACAUACAUAGAAAUACACAUUAUCUUCGUCCGUCAUUUUGAAUUUCUUUUAAAAACCGUGAUCUGCCCCAGAGGGGGGAAUCUGGCUCCUUUUUCACAAGAAAUUCAUGACUUGUCUACUAAAAAUUGUGAAACAUGGAAGCAAGGCAAAUUUAAACGCUAAAAGCAGCUCCGAUAGCUCAGAAUUGGCAAAGAACAAGAAAUUGCUCGGAAUGCAAAAAUUUGCUCCAAACGAAAAAAAUUGGUGCAGGUUGGUGAAGUUUGUACACAACACUACAGCAGCUACAAAUGUACGCAAUGCAACUGCACCAAACUAAACCAACUACAGAAACUCUACCAACAACACCAACUACAGCAAUUACACCACAUUACAGCAACUACACUAACUACAGAAACUACAUUAAACUACACCAACUACACCUAACAACACCAUUUACACUUAACUACAACGACUACACCAAACUAGACCAAUUAAAGAAAACUACACCAAAUACAGAAAUUACAGCAACUACUUCAACUACAACAAACUACACCAACAACAGGAAUUAUAUCAACCACAUCAAACUACACCAACUACAGCAACCACAAAAACUACAAAAAACUAUAGUAACUACACCUAUCUACAUCAACUACCUUGACAGAAACUACCUGGACAUGAAUUCUUCUAUAUUCGUAACGGUUAUCAUAGAUCAUCGCCUGUUUAACGUUUCUGUUAUUCUUCAAUUGUAUCGAUCUACUCCUGGUGGUUUGGAACCCACAUCGCGGCAGGAUGCUCUAAAUUUGGUAUAACAAUAGUAACAAAUUUUAGGUUUAGCGUUUUAUGUGUAGGGUAUAUAUUACGUCUCACAAAUCCGAAUGGCUUAUUUACUUUGUAACAUUUAUACUGACAUGGGAGUUCCACUACCGGUCAUUUGAUGACAUAACUUCCAGAUAGGCCUGAUAAGCUGCAGGUAUUUGGGAUUUGUGAAGGCGAACAACACCGGAUGACUGUUUAUAUUACUGAUCGCAACCAGCUAUUUUCCUAGGAGGUGUAAUAUGCCCAUUCCACAACAAAUGGUGUCCAAAGUUCAUUAAGGUUCUAUUAUGGGCCCUUUGGGAUUUUCAUUGUUUGUCACAGAUCUACCUAAUUGUUUGACAGCUUUCAAUGAGUUAAUGUACGCAGAUGAUACGGUCCUCUACUACGCUGCCUCGGAUGCAAACCAGCUAUUUUAAGUGUUAAAUAACGAGCUCAAAUUCCUUUUGGAUUGGUCAAACAAGAACGAUCUGUUCUGUCAUCCUAAGAAAACUGAAUAUGCAAUAUUUGAACCUUAACUGCUAUGCAACUUAAUCAUUUGACUUUGUUAAGCUUAGUGACGUUUCGGGUGUGCCGGCGCAAAAGCUAUCCGAUAUACAGUCAAACCUCUUUUAAUUAAUGCGAACACCAAAGGGACUAACCAAGUGUCGGCUUUACAGAAGUCUCCGUAUUAUAGAGGUAAGAAAUGUAUGAUUUUUGGCAUUUCUAGGACCAAACGAACUGUCCGUAAUAGAGAGGUGUCCGUAAGGAGAGGUUGGACUGUACAGUCUAACCUAUCCUUACGCACACCUCUAUAAUACGGACACUUCUGUAAAGCGCACACUUGGUUCUGUCCCUUCGGUGUCCUCGUUAAAGAAGUCUGACUGUCGUGUGAACAUAGCCUCACACAAUCAGCUGUCAUUAGAAUUUAGCUGAGUGUCCAUAAGGCACGUUCUACUACAGUUAAACCUCUCCACGACGGCCACCUUAGAGACAGAAGAAAGUGGCCUUUGUAGAGAGGUGGCCAUUGUAGAGAGGUUUAAACAUCAAGAGUCAAUGUAAGGACUGUCCGCCAAAAAAGUGGCCGUUGUAGGGAGGGGCCGUUGUGGAGGUUCGACUGUAUACAUAAUCCAACCUUUGUGUUUACGUGAAGGUUUAAGUAUGUCCAUAAAAAUGCUCCAGUUUUGUUUAGGAAUUAUUUUAUCAAGUCAUCACUAGGAGUAACGGUUUAAUUCUUAAGGUACGUACAGAAUCUGCAAAGAAAGGCUCCAAUUUCAUACUGUAAUCCAAACUUUUGGUAAUUUGCCACCGCAUUUGAAAGCUGGUAAUUAAAAAGUUAGAGGUCUUUAAAACGAAGUUUAUAAAGUUUUCAGGUUUUAUUGUGAGACAUUAUACAUUUCGUUUAGAUUUACUGAUUGCUGUAACCCUUAUUAGGAGUAACCUCAACGAACGGCCACCUCUGUACAAUGGUCACCUUUCUACAACGGCCGCUUUCUUCUGUCACAAAGGUGGCCAUUCUGGAGAGGUUCAACUGUAUACAUAUUUCACAGGAUAAUUUAAAUUAAUACAUCGAAGGGACCGAAACAUAUGGGCAGGAACAUUUAAAGUAAAGUAAAUUAUUUUCUUGUAAUAUAAACUUGCAAUAUCAAAGACAAACUCCUUGGUGAAAAUUUUCGUGAAUAAUCUAACUAAACCCCACAUAUAAAAACUUGCCUGACCUGGCUUGGCUAAACAGGUUUUUAUAUUUUUCUGAGAAAUAAAAUGACAAACUCCUGCUAGCCGGUUCUUAAACCACUUGGUUAUUACUGUAUUCGACGAAUUAACACCCGGGCACCUGCUGAUAUGCUUUUCAUACUGAAUGAGAAAUUUAAAAAAUUUUUUCUUUUCCUUCACCAUAAGACAAAAGCGUUCUUUAUACCGUGCGAAUAAAAAGCAGUGUUCACAAUACUUGUGGGAGAACUGCUCCAAAUUGUCUGGCUGAAAUGAGUCCAAAAGAGCCAAUGAGCUUGACAAUGAUUAUUAAAAUAUGAACAAAAGGCUGGCCUCCUGGCUGGCCGUUUCCAAGGCAUACGAUAUGUUUAACAAAACCGUCCCGCUGCGCAACAUAUGGUAUUUCUUGUUCGGUUCGUAAGCUCACAUAUAUUUACUUCGGCUUGGUGAGUGAAUCUCCUCUGGACCUAUAGUUCUUACAUUUGUUCCGAGCGCGCCUUCUUGAUCGAUAGCGAGGGACUUUUUUUACCAUCUCAGAGCAAUCUGCCAAUAAAACAUUGUUCUGAAUCACAUUCAUAUGAAUCAGAUACCAAAUACGUUAAGUAAAACAUUUUUUCACACUGAAAACGACGCAACGAACCAACCAUUAGUCUUAAGACUAGUCUGCUACGUCAAAACAAGAAAAUAAAUUAUGUGGUAAAAGGUAAGACCACGUCACUAAAAUCUAACUGGCUUUAUGUUGCGUAUCACGAAAAAAGGCAGACGGUUUUUGCGUGUUUUCAAUCAAAGAUAUCAACUCCGAGAACGCAAGUAUCUAAUUUAGCCUGAAUAGUAUAUCUUUGAACCUUUUAAAAAGUAGGAAACGAAGCCAAACAUUUUCGUCGUAGGAGCACUUUAAAUGGUAAAUGACUUAUCCGAUCACCGAGUGUCAAAGUAGUCAAAAUUUCCAGUCAAACUACCAAUGGGUUCGCUCAAUGAGAAGAUUACCGAAAAAUAAAUGGUUUAUUUAAAUUUGAAAUGGACCCACGUAAAAACAGAUGGUAUUGUAAAACAACAAUCGUUGUAUUACUUCUCCUGACAUCGCCCAAAUUGAUUAUUUUGCGUUGAAUACGAAAAAUAUAUAAGUGAAACUAAAAGAGAACAGGUUUUGUCACUAAUUUGGCGCAAGAUUAAGAGAGCGAAGAACCGUUCCCAGCAUACUGAAUGUGAUUCAUAUAUCGGUAAGGUUACUACUAGUACUAGUUCCCUUUUGCACUAAAUUCCUGCUCAGAAAUUUGCUGUCUUAAAAUCAGAAGACACCUUGUGAAUAUGACAAUAUUUUUUAGCUUAUUGACCUUUCUGGAUAUGAAUGGAAAAGGCUCUAAACUCAACAAUUCAGUUUUUUCUCUAACCUCCAGUAACAAAAGGAUUCUUUUUGGUCGUUUUGAAAAUAACGAUAGAAGUUAAUACAUUACUGUUUCUUCCGUGUGCCAUUUUGAGUCAAUGUUCACAAAUACCUUUUCACUCAAUUUUCAUGUUUCCUCUACGGCUUUGAGUUAAAGGCUUUUCGAAUGAUAAACCAUUUACACCGUUUGAGUAACAAAAUUGUCAAAGUUACUACUACAAACAUUCAUAACUUUAUUUAACUUCAGAUUUUAGAGUAGCCUAAAGGCUAGUAUCUCCGUUGAGUUACACAUACAACAUCACACAUAAAAAUCAUAUUUACAUGAAACCCCAAACCGUUGGUAAUAGUAAACGUCUAAUUUAUGGAACUAUGAGAAACAAGUAAACGUCUAAGUUCCUUCAGACUAAUGGUUCUCCUAAAAGAAUCGGGAAGCGAGUACCAAUAUUUCGCUGCGGCAUCCCGGGGAGGGUACUUGGGUUAAUUUUUGCUGCAUGGUAGGUACAUGUGCCGCUGGCCUCUCAGAGCCCCUACCCCACUAUAGUCUAUUCUGUGGCCAAUUUUAGACCCCACCUUAGUCACUUUUGGAGAAAAUAUAUAAUUUUCGCAAUCCAAACUUAGUCACUUUCUAUUUUUAUGAAUUGACCCAUUUUUUAGAUUGAAUGAAGAACACUUUACUUUUGUUCUACAGUACAAACAUUCUGGUACGUUUGCUAACCGUAAAUAUGAAGAACUGUCUUAUCCCAAAAAAUCCGAAAGUGUGCUACCCCAUUCUAGCAAUUCUAUUGAAAAUGCGACCCCAUCCAGCGGCACAUCCCCAUUAGCCUCUUAUAAGGAAGUACCCUUCCCCACCCCCUUCCCGAUGCGGCAUUUCUAACUGAGUUAAGGCUGUAUGUAGUUGUUUGGGGUUUGGCAAGACUAACACAUUCGUACCCCUUAAGCUAUAAUCAGUUGUGAUAAACUGAAAUACCUCUUUAAGGUAUUCUGAAUAGUUAAUAAAGUUAAUGCAUUUCAAAAUACACAUCAUCAUAGUGCUAAUUCUCGUAUUUGCCAGGCUGGGUGUAUCGGCCCGCUCUAUUAAAGUAUCAUAGUCACAGUUACUGAAACGUUUGAUGCCACCUUUUUCCUCCAGUAAAGGGUAAACGUCGAUCAUCCUCAGCAAGGUAAAAACCACCGUCGGACAACCCUUCCUUUCAAUUCACGAAAUAUUAUUCACAAUAAAAUAAGACUAAGCAAGGGUAUAUGUCAUGUUGUUAAGGCUAUAUCCAAAUUCCUUUGAUACUUCCUUUUCCGUUUGUUAAACAUGAGCGAAAAGGACAAAACGGCCUAAAGAUAAUAAUUUGAUACUUUACACUUCUUUUUGUGUGUCUGGCUAUCUCCAGCGUGCGUGGGAAAUAUUUUAGGGGAAUCAUGUUAGCAUGUCCAAAUGUCUAUCAAUAUGAUUCUCCUCCAGGGUACUGCACAGCAUAUAAAGACGAUGACUUGGAUGAGAAGUAUAGUGUUCUCCAGCCUCUUAAGACUAUUUCAGUUUAUAUGCCCAUUUAUUCCACAAACAUCCUGCAACCACGAUUUUAGAGCUUACAAGGAUGGCGACGUAAUAGUCGGGGGUCUGCUCAGCAUACGCUUACCAGAGGGUGAUGAUCACUGCGGUAAUCUUUUCACCACUGGACUUGGGCAUGUAGAAGCUAUAAUAUACGCUAUUGAAAGCAUAAACAAGAAUCCCGUUCUUCUUCCGAACGUGACGCUCGGAUAUGACAUACGAAACUACUGUUUUAGCACGAACAUAGCUGUGAAAAUAGUCUAUGACUUCAUGCAAGAUGAUUCUGCAACGGACAAUACCAUGCAAAACGGAUCCAAGCCGAUCUCAGUGCUUAUUGGUCCUGACACUUCCGCCAGCGCAGUGCUGGUUGGAAGCUUUCUUCAAGUCGUUGACAUUCCUGCCAUCAGCUCAAUUGCCACAAGCGUCGACUUGACUUCAAAAUUGCACGAAAACUUCUUCAGAACAGUUCCACCUGACAUCUGGCAGGCAAAGGUCAUGGCAGACAUUAUAGAACUCUUUAACUGGACAUACGUGGCGGCUGUGGGUUUGGAUGACUCUUACGGACGGAAUGGUAUUUGGGCACUUGAGAAAGAAUCAUACAACAGAAAAACCUUCUGCGUUGCCUUUUCGGAGCACAUCCCACGACGAGACUAUCAUGAUAAAAUCAAACAAACGGUUGCUAAGAUUAAGCUCAGGUCUAAUAUCGGAGUGAUCGUCGUCUGGCUAGCAAGCGAUUAUGGUAGAGAGUUUUUUCGAGAGGCAACGAGUAAAAACCUUGUAGAAAAGACUUGGAUACUCAGCGACGCAUUGACCUCUGAAGAAGCUGUGUUACUUGACCCUAACUUCGCAAUGCUUAAUGGCUCCUUAGGAAUACAGCCACAUGACUAUCCAGUACCCGACUUUGAAGAGCACCUUAAGAUUAUCACCCCUGCAAAAAGCCUUGAAAGAGGCAGGGAGUGGUGGGAGGAAUUCUGGAGAUUAGAAUUUAACUGCUCAGCAAUUGAUCUGGGACGAAUUCCAACUUGCGAAUCAAAUCUGACGCUACACAAUGCCCUAAAAAAGAUCCGGAACUCUUUCGUGUCGUAUGACAUUGACGCUGUUUACGCUAUUGCGCACGCUCUGGAUAACAUUAACCACUAUUUAGUUACGAAUAGAGAUAUUUCUUCCUCGAAACAGCCGAAAGUGAAGGGACGUGAUCUACAGAAGUAUCUCAAAAAUGUUAGUUUUGAUGGCUUAACUGGCAAAGUUCAGUUUGACAUGUUUGGUGAUCCUUUAUCUGCUUCAUACGACAUUAUUAACUUUCGAAGUAGAUCAGCCACAGAAGGAGCUCGUAAAAAGAUUCGGAUUGGAGUCUGGGAUAGAGAAGGUACGCCUAGACUCAAUUUAAAUGUCUCGGGAUUACAAUGGAAAAGCCUCUCGACUCAGUUUUCGUUCUGUUCCUCAGAGUGCUUGCCUGGCACCAGAAAAGAAAUCACCGAGCCAUGCUGUUGGGAAUGUAAAAAGUGUCUUCCUGGAACUAUCAGCACCUACAUUGGAUCCACCACCUGUACAAAGUGUGAGCCAGAGACAAAGUCAAAUGAAGGGCACACUUGGUGUGAGAAGUUAACUAUUGUCAAUAUCACCUUCACAACCGCCACUGGAAUAACUAUUACAUUGGUGGCUUCCGUUGGAAUUAUCCUCACAUUGUUAGUCUGCGGCACUUGGGUCAAGUUUUACAAUACCCCAAUCGUGAAGGCUUCCAGCAGGGAAAUCUCUCUUAUCUUGCUGUUUGGCAUUUCAGUAGUUUUUAUUUUAGCCGUCCUUGAACUUGCAGAGCCCAGCAAAUCACUUUGCACUGCAGCGACAUUCUGGCGUUAUUUUGCUCUCAAUAUUUGUAUUACGGUGCUCUUU